AUGCCACAAGGUUCUCAUGUACCAUUUCUUGCAAGACUGAUGUUUGACUGCACCAACAAUAUGGAAGAAUACGAAGCUUGUAUCAGGGGAUUAGAAGAAGCCAUUGAUCUUAGAAUCAAGAUUCUGGAUGUGUAUGGAGAUUCUGCUCUAGUUAUUAAUCAGAUCAAAGGAGAAAGGGAAACUCGUCACCCUGGCUUUAUUCCUUACAGAGAUUAUGCCCGAAGACUGCUGACCUUCUUCAACAAAGAUGAAUUCCAUCACAUACCUCGUGAGGAAAAUCAAAUGGCAUAUGCAUUAGCUACUCUAGCUUCCAUGUAUCAAGUGAAAUUUCCAAAUGAAGCUCCUCAAAUUACAAUCAUGCGCCUAGAUAGGCCGGCUCAUGUAUUCGCCGUUGAAGUUGUCACAGAUGACAAGCCGUGGUUUCAUGACAUCAAAAUCUUCUUACAGAAACAAGAGUACCCACCUGGGGAAUCUAGCAAAGACAUAAGAACUUUGAGAAGAUUGUCUGGUAAUUUCUUCCUGACUGGAAAUGUGCUCUACAAGAGAAACUUUGAUAUGAAAAUGGUUGUGACUUACAAGGACUGGUAUGAAAUGCUCCCUCUUGCUUUGCAUGUGUACCGUACUACAGUCUGCACAUCCACUGAGGUAACAUCUUUCUCCUUGGUAUAUGGCAUGGAAGUUGUGCUCCCAAUCGAGGUUGAGAUUCCCUCCAUGAGGAUCCUGAUGGAAGCCAAGUUAUCAGAAGUUGAAUGGAGUCAAGCAAGAUACGAUUAG